AUGAUUGGUGAUAAAUUUGAUGUUUCAGCUUAUUGUCAAGAACCAUUAGUUGCUGCACUUGAUCAUUUAUCAAGUGUUAAAUUUGCAUUCUUUUCAUUAGUUCGUCCAGCAUUAAAAAUAGCUGCUCGAUCAUUAUUAGUUGAAAAUGAAACAAUUACAUUUUCAAAUAUUCUAUUACAUUUAAAUUCUGAUACAUCAAUAACAUCACCACCACCAGAAGCUCAACAUCAACGACCAAAACGAUCAUUUCCACAACGUUUAAUACAUUUUGUUACUGUUGGUAUACCAUUAGCAAUUAUUGUUGGUAUACUUGCUGGAAUUCUUCAUUUAAUAAAAAUUUUUACAAGUGAUAUAACAACUGUAAUUACAAGUAUAAGUCAAUUAUAUUCAAUGAGUCAACGUGAUAUAAGAUUUUAUAAAGAAAAUCCACAUUUACUUCCAUCACGUAAUGUAGCUAUUGAUGGAAUUAUUAAUACAGGUUUAAGUUUUUAUACACGUCGACUUAUUUAUAGAAAAUUAGGAAUAUUUUCAUUUAUUGCUAAACCAUUUAUGACACUUAUUGAAAGACUUCUUACAAAACGUAUUAUUAAAUUUUGUGAUCAUAUUGAUAAACGACGAAAUCGUAAUAAUAAUCAAACAAUAAAACCAUCGGCACCUUAUUAUAAUGAUAAGCCUGAUGAUUUUAAAUAUGAUUAA